AUGAUUCCUACCGCUGUCACUACCACCUCCAAGAUAGUUUGGCCAACCACUGCAUCUGCUCUCCGGGAGUUGCUCAAUAUUGACGAUGGCGACAAAUUAAAAUGCCAUGGCCAGUCUACAAAGACUGGCGAGCGAUGCAGAAGCCCCAUUAGCCAACCCAACUCCAAGAAGAUUGCCCGUUUACUAGAUCAGAUCGUUGAUCAUGGUAGCUUCUGCGCUUCCGAGUCUUUACUUAUGGAAAUGGCCCCAUUGAUCAUGUGCCAGAGAAACCACCAAAACCAAGCAUCUCAACGGAUAUCAUUAUGGGUGACAAUCUUGAAGCCGCUUAAAAUAGUGGCGUUCAAGAAGGAAGACGAAAAUGACCCCCCUAUGACUUGUAAAGAGGAUGGCUCAGAGUCUCUAGAUACAGAUAUAGUGGCAGUCAAGCAUCAAGUUCUUUCCCAGAGCAAGAAACCGAUGUCGAAAAUCACAAAUGACCACACAUCUCAACCGAUCCCAUCUACACCAACCAAAACUUCAAUCAGUUCCGCGUCCACCACCUCCAAGCAACCAUCUCCCAAGGUCACCACCCUUAAACAUGAGUUUGAAGACUUUGGAGAUGCUUGGACAGUCAUCGAGAUAAACAAACGCAUAAGGAGACUCCUUCUACGCUCCUUGUUAGAUACCGAGAAAAAGUCAGACGGGUUCAUCUAUGCUUACAUUCUCCCCGAGACAUACCGCGAUGUCAAUCCCUUUAUAAAGAUUGGAUAUGCACAAAAUGUUGAAAAGCGUAUGAAGGAUUGGAAAACCCAAUGCGGAUACGGCUCCAAAGUUAUUUGCCAGUUCACCGCUGAGCACUACGUCAAAGUCGAGAAGCUCGUACACCACCAGCUACGAAAUCAGCGAAAGCGGGAGAAAGGGUGCCCAACUUGCCAUGUUUCGCAUCAAGAGUGGUUCAAAAUCAGAUCUCCAACUGCAUCCAAGAAUAUUAUGAUGUGGACAAGCUGGAUGAGGCAAAAGCCAUAUAACGACGACGGAACCCUUCAAGAGAAGUGGCGUAAGAGGAUUGAGGGCCUUGAUAUGACCGACCCAAGUUGCUGGGAGUUGCUUACUGAGGGAGUAUUUGAUGAAGAUGAAGAUGAGCCAGAGUUUUCUGAAGAAGGCGAUAGCUUCGCCUGGUCGAAUGAUGACCAGUCCGAGUUUUCUGAAGAUGACAGCCUUGAAGAUUUAGACGACGACAUACCUGAAAUUUCUCUCACUGAUGAUGGAUAUAGCCGCAAAGAGUCACUGUGA